GUCUACGCGAUUUGAUCCGGUUUCAGACUGACGACCAACUCGAACCACCACGUUCGUCGAUCAAUAAUCUCUGAGAUCCUUUAGCGUGUGGCGGCGAUUAGCAAAUCGCCUGAAUCUGAUCUUCGAAUCUGUGAUGCGAUCCUACUGAAGAAUGCGCGGAAUUUCAAACCCGAGAUCGAAUCAAUUUCUUAGAAAUCAAGCGAUCGAGUCGUCAUAAAUUGACCUUGGUGUCUGCGAUGGAUAGAAGUUGGGUCUUGUCACUUCUUCUUCUAUUGAUUCUGUUCGUCUCCAAUGCUUCAUCAUCUCGGGGGUUAGUAGAUGAACAGCCUCCCAAAGUUGAUUCGAAUUCAACCGUUACACAAAGUCCUCCAUUACCUAAUGUUACACCCAUUGGAGAUGUAAAAGCCAAUGCAACCUCUUCACUGCCAACUACUAACUCCACGAGUCCUGAUCCUAAGGAGCUUGAUUCUGCGAGUCCACCACCACCACCACCACCACCACCGCAGCUGCAAGCUGAAGGAGAGAAGAAUGUGCCAGUUGUGUCAAAUGCAACGGAGGCCAUAAGCCCACCUCCAGCUAACCAAACGGAGAGCCAGGAUAACGGAAAGUUACCUGCUAAAUUGGAGCCACCUCCCAAGAGUCCGAAUGGGAAGGUGGGGGAGACGGGAAACCCGCCUCCGCCUAAAGAAGAUCCUGAGAAGGUGGAUGACUCCAAGGGAAGCUCAGAGUCUGCCGUUACUGAGACAUGUACAGGGAAGUCUAAUAUAUGUACAACUGAGAAUUCAUUGGUGGCGUGCACUUUGAGCAUCGACAAAGAUUCUUCGAAAUGGUGGAUUCUAGUUCAGAAUGAAGGUGAAGAACCUUUAAUAGCUAAAAUUGUUCUUCCAGUUAACUCUUCACCAUAUCUGACACUGACAAAACACCAGAGUCAAAGGGUGAACAUAUCCAUUAGUGGAGACACAAACAAAAUCAUACUGGACGCAGGGUUGGGAGAGUGUGUGCUUCACAUGUACUCACCAGAAGAAAAAACCUUAUCCAUCCACCUUCCUUCAUAUGAAAAGCUAGUGACCCCCAUUAACGGCGCCUACUUCUUAAUAGUAUCUGUCAUCAUUUUUGGUGGAGCUUGGGGAUUGUGUCUGUGCCGGAAGAAUCGCCGUGCAGACAAUGGAGUGCCUUACCGUGAGCUAGAAAUGAGCGGAGGGCCAGGCGUAGAAAGUGUUCACGACGUGGAGACAGCGGACUGGGAUGAGGGAUGGGAUGAUGAUUGGGAUGAGAAUAAUGCUGUGAAAUCCCCUGGUGGUGCAGCAAACAGUGCCAGGAUCUCUGCCAACGGAUUAACCGCGAGAGCUUCAAACCGAGAUGGCUGGGAAGACUGGGACGACUAGAAUAGUUGUGUGUGGAUGGAUAAACUAUUACUUAAAAAGAGUCAUAACCACUUUUGGAUACAGAUUCCUGCAAAGAAAGACAAGACAGAUACAGAAAGGUUUUAAUGUAUACGCAAAGCUUUAAUUUUCUUUUUCUAAGUUGAAGAAUAUUACAUUUUGUACUUGAGUCUCCCAACCAGAACAUGUUGUGUUUUGUUUUGCUACUCUUUAGUUUCAUAUUUUGUGUAACUUGUGUACCAAGGCGUUCAGUUUUGUAGUUUCCUUUCUAUUUGUUAUGGGCUGUCACAUAUAAUUUGAUUUAUCUCUGAAAUGU